AUGGUGAUGCUGAUGCGCACAUCAUGUGCGUUGAAAUUUCAGCAUGCAGAGCAAUUCAUCUCUCUCUCGAAGCACAUUACAACCCUCGAAUCCCUCCUUCAAUUCCACGCGCUCACAGUCACCACCGGAAAUUCCAACAACCUUUUCAUUGCAUCCAAAAUCAUCUCACUCUACGACUCUCUCCACCACCACACUUCAUCUUCCACCCUUUUUCAUUCCCUUCCCUUCAAAGAUACCUUUCUCUUCAAUUCCUUCCUCAAAUCCCUCUUCUCUCGCUCCCUCUUCCCCCAAGUUCUUUCCUUCUUCUCCCACAUGCGUGCUUCCAAUGUUCUCCCCAAUCACUUCACUAUCCCCAUUAUAGCUUCCGCUUCUGCUAACUUGAUGUUUCUCUCUCACGGCGCGUGCCUUCACGCUUUGGCUUCCAAAAUUGGCCUUUUCCCUUCUACUUCCGCUGUUGGGUCUUCGUUUGUUUCGUUGUAUUCGCGGUGUGGACAUAUGAACCUUGCUUGCAAGGUGUUUGAUGAAAUUCCUGUUAGGGAUGUGGUUGCUUGGACUGCGCUUGUUGUUGGGUAUGUGCAGAAUGGGGAGGGUGAGAAGGGUUUGAGGUGUCUCCGUGAGAUGCAUGGGGUUGGGGAAGACUAUCAGAAGCCCAACUCUAGAACUUUUGAGGGUGGGUUUCUUGCUUGUGGGAAUCUGGGUGCUUUGAGAGAAGGCAUGUGUUUACAUGGGUUGGUCAUGAAAAAUGGGAUUGGAUGCUCACAAGUUAUAUGGUCUUCACUUUUGUCUAUGUAUUUUAAAUGUGGAGUCACUCGAGAAGCUUAUCGAUCCUUUUGUGAAGUGGUUGACAAGGAUCUUCUGACUUGGACAUCCAUCAUUGGGGUUUAUGCGAGGUUUGGGAUGAUGAUUGAAUGUGUAAGGUUCUUCUGGGAGAUGCAGGAAAACCAAGUACGUCCUGAUGGAGUUGUUAUUGGUUGCAUCCUUUCGGGUUUUGGUAAUUCCAUGGAUGUGGCUGGAGGGAAAGCAUUUCAUGGGUUAAUUGUACGGAGACAUGUUGUGCCUGAUGAGAUGGUUAAUAAUUCGUUGUUGUUUAUGUACUGCAAGUUUGGGAUGUUAAGUUUUGCGGAGAGGCUUUUCCAUGGCUGUCGACAGAACGAAGAGUGCUGGAACUUUAUGGCUUUUGGCUACAACAGAAUAGGCAAGAACGUGAAGUGUAUUGAACUCUUCAGGGAGAUGCAAUAUUUAGAGAUUCGUUCUGAAUCAAUCGGCAUAGUUUCAGCAAUUGCAUCGUGUGCCCAGCUAGGAGCAACCAAUUUGGGAAGGUCACUUCAUUGCAAUGUGAUAAAAAGUUUUCUGCAUGACAAUGUCUCAGUCACCAACUCACUCAUAGAGAUGUAUGGAAAAUGUGGCAAGAUCACCUUUGCUUCGAGAAUAUUUAACAGGUCGGAGAGGGAUGUUAUAUCAUGGAACACCCUGAUUUUAUCUCAUAUUCAUGUUGAGCAUCAUGAAGAGGCUGUAAAUUUAUUUAAUAAAAUGAUAAAGGAAGGUCAGAAGCCCAAUACAGCCACUUUCGUGGUAGUACUUUCAGCGUGUUCUCACCUUGCAUCUCUAGAGAAAGGAGAAAGAGUUCAUCGCUACAUAAAUGGAAGUGGACUUGAACUCAAUUUACCUCUUGGAACAGCAUUGGUUGAUAUGUAUGCUAAGUGUGGGCAGCUAGAAAAAUCAAGGAAGGUAUUUGACUCAAUGACGGAGAAGGAUGUAAUUUGCUGGAAUGCUAUGAUUUCAGGCUAUGGAAUGAAUGGGUAUGCAGAAUAUGCUGUGGAGAUAUUCCAACAUAUGGAGGAAUCAAAUGUUAAGCCCAAUGAAAUUACCUUCCUCUCUCUUCUCUCCGCGUGUGCCCAUGCAGGGCUUGUUGAAGAAGGGAAAUGCAUGUUCGCUAAAAUGCAGAGUUAUACUGUGAAACCCAACUUGAAGCACUACACUUGUAUGGUAGAUCUUUUAGGAAGAUCAGGUAAUCUACGAGAAGCAGAAGCUCUGGUCCUAUCCAUGCCCACAUCUCCAGACAGCGGCAUGUUGGGAGCUUUGUUAGGUCAUUGUAAAACUUACAAUCAAGUUGAGAUGGGAAUAAGAAUUGCCAUGUAUGCUAUUGACUCUGAACCAGAAAAUGAUGGCUACUAUAUAAUGAUGGCCAAUUUGUAUAGCUCCAUUGGGAGGUGGGAAGAAGCAGAAAAUGUAAGGAAGACAAUGAAAGAGAUGUGUUCAAUGGGAAAGAAAACUGGUUGGAGUAUUCUCUGA